GCCGUGUCCCCGGGGCCAAGUGCGGAGCCGCUGACGUCCCCAGAGCCGAGGCCCCCCCCGUUUGCCCCCAUGGAGCAGGACGAGCCCUGCGUGGUGGAGCUCCACGACUCGGACGAGGCGGGCAUGGUGCGGAGGGUCUACAUUGCUGAUGAUGGCAUCGUGAGCGACUGCGAGGACGAGGUGCUGCCACACGAGAUCAUCCAGACCGUCAUCCCCCACAGCCCCCUGGCCUCCAAGGGCAAGACGCGGGGGGCGGCACGGGGCCGGGGGGCCAGCGCCAGCUCAGCGGCAGGGGGCUACAGCGAGGAGGAGCAGGAGGGCAGCAGGGGGCGGCUGCGGGGGGGGCGGCAACGCCCUUUUAUCUGCAACGAGUGUGGGAAGAGCUUCAGCCACUGGUCCAAGCUGCUGCGGCACCAGCGGACUCACACCGGGGAGCGGCCAAGCACAUGCGGGGAGUGCGGGAAGAGCUUCAGCCAGAACUCACACCUGGUGCAGCACCGCCGCACGCACACCGGGGAGAAGCCGUACCGCUGCGGGGACUGCGGGAAGAGCUUCAGCUGGAGCUCCAACCUGAUCCAGCACCAGCGCAUCCACACCGGGGAGAAGCCCUACACCUGCGGGCAGUGUGGGAAGAGCUUCACGCAGAGCAAGAACCUCAUCAAGCACCAGCGCACCCACUCAGGUGCCCGGCCCCACCGCUGCGGGCAGUGCGGCCGCGGCUUCGCCCAAAGCACCAACCUGCUGAAGCACCAGCGGGUGCACGCCGCCCGCAGCCAGCCCCUGGCCUGCCCUGAGUGUGGGCAGAGCUGCCGCGAUGGCACUGAGCUGGAGCGGCACCGGGCGCAGGCACACAGCCAUGAGCCCUACAUCUGUGUGGAGUGCGGGGAGAGCUUUGCCAAGAGCGCCACGCUCAACCGUCACAAGCGCGUGCACAAGCCUCUCUUUGUGCGCUGAGCCAGGGCACAGGCAGGUGGGUAGAUGGAUGGACUGUGCUGCCUGUGCCACAGGGCAUGGGCCCACAAUGUCCUUGGCAAAGGGCUGGAGCCUGCGGUUGUACAUAGUGUGGGGCUGGGGGGAGGUGAGGGCAGAAGCCGCCACCGAGGCGAGGGGCCAGGGCAUGGCUGUAGAAUAAAGUACUUCUGUUGGGGGAA